AAUAUACACCAGAAGAAGAAGAAGAACCUCGCGCAUUGCCCACUGUGCAGUCUCGGGUCUUAACGCAGACGGACUGACCUCGUUUCGUGAAUGUAGUUUUGGUAGAGCAAAGUGUCACCAAACCAGAGACAGAAAACCCAACUCUUAAAGAUGUUUUGGUUUGAGGGCUCAAUUCCCGAUGCCAUUAACUUAGCGAAACAGCGGAACUGCGUAUUUGUGGUUGUCAUUACAGGGAAAGACGAACUGUCCGCGCAGCUGAUCUCCAGCUGGGAGGAUGACAAAGUGUCAGAGGAAGCAAAAAACUGCUGUGUGACCAUCAGAGUUGACGCCAAAAGUGAGCCAUGUGUGCAGUUCUCUCAGAUCUAUCCAGUGGUGUGCGUACCCUCUAGCUUCUUUAUCGGGGAGAAUGGGAUCCCCCUUGAGGUCAUUGCUGGCUGUGUGUCAGCUGAAGAACUCAUGAAAAGAAUCAACAGAGUGAAGCAGAUGCAUGCUCAGCAGUUUGGAGGUGAUACAGUGUUAACAGCAAGUGGUCUGGUGGAGACCACCCCUCUCAAUAGCACCACUCCAGUGCCAGCUCCAGCGAUGCUUGUUGCGUCAGACACAGAACCUGCAGCAGUACCACAAAUGGCAAAAGCAUCUCUCUGCAGCACAGUUGACGAUGGCCGGCUUCCAGCCACAAUGACUCCUGCAGAGAAUGCUGCUCAAAGUGAAGCCCAUCUGGAGGCUAGGGUGGAAAGGGUAACUAAGAAAGUGGAGGAGAGGAGGGAAAAGAAGAGAGGAGAAGGAGAGAAGGAGAUCCAAGUGGAAGUACAGCGGCGGAAGACUGGGAAAGACGUGCAGGACUUGAAGAAGAAGCAGGAAGAGGAGAGGACCAAGCGACUCCUAGAGGAAAGGAACAAGGAGAAGGCUGAGGAGAAGGCUGCCAGGGAGCGGGUCAAACAGCAGAUUGCUUUGGACCGAGCUGACCGAGCAGCUCGCUAUGCCAGAAACCAAGAGGAGGAACAGACUGCCAAGCAGGCCCUCCUGCAGGCCAGGCAGGCCGAGCAGGAGGCCAGGAAGGUGGCCGUGGUCAGGGAGAGGAGCAACAUAGCGAGGAUACAGUUCCGCCUUCCAGACGGCUCCGCCUUCACCAACCAGUUCCCGUCACAGAGCAGACUGCAGGAAGCUCGCAACUUUGCUGUUCAGGAAGUAGGAAAACGCUACGGAAACUUCUCCCUGGCGACCAUGUUCCCUCGGCGGGAGUUCACCAGUGAAGACCUGGACAAGACUCUGCUGGAGUUGGAACUGGCUCCAAGUGCUUCCAUUGUGCUUCUCCCACAGUCCAGCCGGCCCGCUAACACGGUGAUGCAGUCCUCUGAUGGUGGUAUCUGGGCCGUUCUGGGCACAGUCCUCUACCCUCUGCUGGCGGUGUGGAGAUUCCUCAGUUCCUUCCUGUUUGCUACCCCGCCCCCUCCUCGAGCGGCAUCUACAGGCUAUGCCCAGCCGUCCGGCUCUUAUAGCAACUCAGGCUCCGACAAAACAAAGAGAGAAACCAACUCUAAGGAGAAGCGGCCCAAGGACUUCACAAAGGAUGGGAAAGUCUGCCGGCUGCGGACUCAGGAGGACAGUGAGGACGACGACAACAACACCUGGAAUGGGAACUCCACCCAGCAGAUGUAGUGCUGAAACAGGGGUGAUUUGUUCAGUGUGACCAGUUCAAGGUUUCUGUUCUCUCCUCCUCUUCCUGUCUCUAGGCCUGCAUGGGUACAUCUACAAUAAUCAACAGAACGUACUUUGUUUUUAUGUUGAUUAUGACAUGAUAGUAUUUCCUAACACGAGCUUAAGCUACACCACAUUAGUGGAUCAAACGUGCUAAGAUAAAUGAGCAUAUGAAGAUGUUGUAAUCUGAGCCGGACUCUAUAAAUUGAGUCUUUGGAAAUGUUAAACUUUUGAAAAGUGCCCUCUAGCCUAAUAGUUUGACAUUUUGUUUAAAAUGUAUGAAAUAUUUGAUCUUGAAGCUGCAGGCUGAACACUGUGUCUGUUGCUGUCUACAGAGGUGGCGGUCCACAAACAAACCUACACACCUUGAUAUUACGUGUCUCUAUUUGUAGACAAUAGGUGUAAUUCUCAUUCCAUCAAUCGAAAAUAAAAGCAGUUUUUCAAUGCUUUGUGUGUUA